AUGAAAUUCAAAAAUUUACCUGUUUUUCUUCCAAAAACUGAAUUUCCUGUUUUGCCUAAAAAUUCGGAGCGUUCUCGUUUAGACUCGCAUCUCAAUGCUAUUGCUGAUUUUUCUGGAUUUUAUCAGUGGCAGAAGACCCGUAAAACAAAUGCACCUUUAAAGGAAUUUACUAUACUUGAUGGACCGCCGUAUGCAAAUGGGAAUGUUCAUGUUGGGCAUGCAAUAAAUAAAUUGUUGAAGGAUUUUGUCCUCAAAAGUAGAGUCCAGUUGGGCUAUAAUGUUGACUUUAAAGCUGGUUGGGACUGUCAUGGAUUGCCAAUUGAAUUAAAAGUUUUAAAACAGGAAACGAACAAUAAGGAGCAAGAUACACUUCUUUUACGUGCAAAUUGCCGUCAAAUAGCUGAGAAUUCUAUCCAAUCUCAAAUGACUUCAUUUCUUCGCUGGGGUUGUUCAGCUGAUUUUUCUGAUCCUUACAUUACAAUGAGCCCUAAUUAUGUCUCUAAACAAUUGGAAAUAUUUGCUCAACUUUAUGAUCGAGGAUUAAUUUAUAGGAAAAUGGGACCUGUUUAUUGUUAAUUAAUUUUGAUAUUGACAAAUUACAAUGGAAAAAUAAAUCAGCAAUUGCACCCACUAGUAAAAAAUCAACACAAUUAUUUUUGAUGGUUUGGACAACAACACCAUG